UCAAUGCUUCCUAUUACCAUAUGUUCAUAAGCUUAAAUAGUAGUUUUUGAAACAUUGUAACAACCUAACAACUUAUUUAUAGGUUAUGGCAUAACCUCAAAAGACUCAUAACCUGAAAUGUACAGUAGUGUACACAUAACCUCAAAUAUUGUGCAGUUUGUUGUUGGUCAACGAAAGGACGUUUUAAUCAGCUUUAGAAAUGUGAAAUAAAAUCAUACAUAUUAAAAGUAGUUUCUCGAAGAAUGAAUUUACUGUUAAAGUCGAAACCAAGAAUUUAAACAUUUAAAAUACCCGUCAAACUCCAUACUUCUUACAAUGUCGGUAACGCUACACACGGACGUGGGCAAAAUAAAAAUAGAACUCUUCUGUGAGAGUUGCCCGAAAGCCUGUGAAAACUUCCUUGCUUUAUGUGCCAGCGACUAUUAUAACGGUUGUCUAUUCCAUAGGAAUAUUAAAGGGUUUAUAGUGCAAACCGGCGAUCCCACUGGCACUGGCAAAGGAGGCUCAUCGAUUUGGGGCAAAAAGUUUGAAGAUGAGUUCAAAGAACAACUCAAGCACCAUACUAGGGGAAUUUUGUCAAUGGCCAACAAUGGACCGAACACAAAUGGCAGUCAAUUUUUCAUAUCAUAUGCUGCCCAACCACAUUUGGAUCUGAAAUACACCAUAUUUGGAAGGGUUAUCGAUGGCUUUGAAACCCUAGACGAGUUGGAAAAAUUGCCAGUGAAUCCGAAAAAUUUCAAACCCCUUAAGGAGACCCGGAUAAAUAGUGUUACAAUACAUGCCAAUCCUUUGGCCGGCUGAUUAACCAGAUCUUGUUCUAGUUCAAUAUUUUAAGACGAUAUAUCAUGGUGAUAUGUUUGUACAAAUUUCGUUACCCCAAGGGCCUUAAUUCAUAUUAAUUAAACUCAAUCAGUUUUAUAAACUAAUAUAUUAAGUUAUGAAGUA